AUGAUCACAAUGUAUUUUUGGUUUAAGCACACAGGCCUAAGAACAAAAAUGGCAAUCACAAGCUUGGACCCCGGACCAGGUGCUGCAGCUCUUCAGGCAUGGGGCGGUCAGAUGGCAGCCUUCGGCAGCAACGAAACAGUUGUCGACAAAGUACUACCAGACAUGCUGCAUCUGAUUGACCCUCAUUGGUAUCAAUUCCCACCCAUGAACCCACUAUGGCAUGGCCUACUUGGCUUUGUUAUUGGUGUCUUGGGUUUCAUCUCCGUCACAGGAAACGGCAUGGUCAUUUACAUUUUCACAACCACUAAGACCCUCAAAACACCAUCAAACAUACUUGUCGUCAAUCUAGCAUUCUCCGACUUCCUUAUGAUGGCAAUGAUGGCACCGCCUAUGGUGAUAAAUUGUUAUAACGAAACAUGGGUAUUCGGACCGUUAGCGUGUCAACUAUACGCAUGCGCGGGUUCACUAUAUGGAUGCGUUUCAAUCUGGACUAUGACGAUGAUCGCUUUCGACCGCUACAAUGUGAUCGUAAAGGGUAUCGCCGCAAAGCCAAUGACAAUCAAUGGCGCUAUUCUCAGGGUAUUUGGAAUUUGGCUUUUCUCUCUCGCAUGGACUGUUGCACCUUUGUUCGGAUGGGGCCGAUAUGUACCUGAGGGCAACAUGACCGCCUGUGGAACUGACUACUUCGACAAGUCCUGGUCAAACCGCACCUACAUCAUGCUCUACUCCGUUGCCUGCUACUAUCUGCCACUCUUCCUCAUAAUCUACUCCUAUUUCUUCAUUGUUCAGGCUGUAGCAGCUCACGAGAAGGCUAUGAGGGAACAGGCCAAGAAGAUGAAUGUUGCUUCUCUUAGGUCAUCGGAUCAGGCGAACACCAGCGCUGAGUGCAAAUUGGCGAAGGUAGCUUUAAUGACCAUUUCACUAUGGUUCAUGGCAUGGACACCAUACUUGGUGAUCAACUAUGCCGGAAUCUUCGAAACCAUGACAAUCAGUCCUCUCGUUACAAUCUGGGGAUCUGUCUUCGCCAAGGCUAAUGCUGUCUAUAAUCCUAUUGUAUACGGUAUCAGCCACCCGAAAUACCGCGCGGCUUUGUACGCGAGGUUCCCGGGUCUCGCAUGCCAGCCCGCGCCCGAAGAGAACGGCUCAGUGGCGUCAGCCGCGACUGCCACCGAGGAGAAGCCUUCGGCG